CUCCAAUUUGGAGAGUCCCUUCUUUGGAAAAUCCAUGGAAAGUGCAAUUUGGCAGUGGCUGCACUGGAAAUUUCUCUGCUUGGCUUGGCUGCACAGUUCCUAGACUCCCUUUGCAGUGUCAGUGCUUUUUUUUGGGCACAGAAUAUGCUGCUGGGAGAGACUUUCCUGUCCCUCUGCCCCUUCCAAUUCCCCUGUUGAUUCUAGAUCCCAUUAUCAGCAUCCUUCUCCCUCAGGAGCUGCCUUGAAGCCAGAUUCCUGCCCCUGCACCCCAAGAUUGGAAAGCUGAGGAAUGGCAGCACCAGCAUUUGGCCUGUCCCCACAGCACAAGUUGGUUUAGGUGCUGGAAAAGGCUCUUUGUCCCCUGUGGGGCUACCACAGACCUUGUUGGGGUGUCUCAGUACGGUAACACCCUGUGCCCUGCCACCCUGUGCCUCAACACGGUUAAAAUAGCUGAGGACCCCCCACCCUCCUCAAAAGAACCCAGAAAUACAUCUGCUUAUGAGAGAGGGAUGCAAAACCACAUGGAGCCAGGCUGGAAUUCCACCUUCCCAGCCUGCUGCCACAGCUGCCGGGGGGUUUGUUUUCUAUUUCAGGACGUGCUGUUUGGGAAAAGGCUUCCCCCUGUAAUUACCAGUGGCUUCAAGGCGGUGCCUGAGCUCUCAUCCCAGCUGCCUGGUAGGGAUGGCUUGGCAAGAGAUGCCUCCAGCCCUACAAAGCCACUCCUCGAGCUGGGCACACCUCAGACGACACCAGAGCCCGCAGGCAGCAGCAGCAGCACCACCAUCGUCUCCUUUUCCUCCAUACAAAGAUGUCCCUCUCGCACACAGCUGCUGAGUACAUGCUCUCCGAUGCUCUCCUCCCAGAUCCUGGUGGAUCCCGAGCCAAGGGCCUGCGGCUGGAGCUGCCCUGUGAUCGCCUCCUGAAGUUCAUCACUGUGGGGCUGCCCCUCUUCCUCGUCUCCCUGGCUUUCGCCCGCGAGUUCUCUGCUGGCUCACAGAUCAGCUGCUUCUCCCCCACCAACUUCACUGGGAAGCAGUCAGCCUAUGUCGACACUGCUUGCUGGGACUCCCUUGUCCACCAUGGCUGGGACACCGAGGGACACGCUGUCACCAAGUCCCUUUGGGCUCUCAAGGUCUUCCCCUACUCGCUGCUGGUGGUAGCGGUGCUCAUGUACCUGCCAUACCUGCUGUGGCGUUAUGCAGCUGCCCCUGCCCUCCACUCCGACCUCCUCUUCAUCAUCGAUGAGCUGGACAAGUCCUACAACCGCUCGGUGCGCCUGGUGCAGCACAUGAGGAAGGUGCAGCAGGCCAGCACCGAGCCCGAGCGCUUUUGGGAGGAGUAUGAGAGGGCCCGCCAGGAGAGGUAUUUUGAGUUCCCAUUGCUGGAGCGCUACCUGACCUGCAAGCAGCGCGCUCACUCCCUGGUGUUCAUCUACAUCCUGAGGAACCUGCUGCUGCUUGUGUUCUUGGCUGCCACCUGCCUCUACCUGGUCUUCCUCCACCUCAACAUCUUCUUCCAGGAUGAGUUCAACUGCUCCAUCAGAACAGGGCUGCUCCAGGCAGAGCCCCACAUCCCACCACUCAUCCCCUGCAAGCUGGUCUUCUUCUCCAUCUUCCAGCUCAUCAGCCUCUCGGUUGGUGGUGUCUAUGUCCUCCUCAUACCCGUGGUUGUCUACAACACCCUGCAGCUCUGCCAGUGGGACAAGGGGCUGCUCUCUGUCUAUGAGAUGCUGCCAGCCUUCGACCUGCUCAGCCGCAAGAUGCUCACCUGCCCCGUCAAUGACCUCAACGUCAUCCUCCUCUUCCUCCGCGCCAACAUCUCCAAGCUGACGUCCUUCAGCCGUCUCAAUGCUGUCAGUGCCCUGAGGGAAACCACCACCAACAAGGAGGACAUCGACACCGUCAUUGACUUCAUGACGCUGCUGGCAGGGCUGGAGACCACCAAGCCCAAACACCACACUUGUGCCCCCGAUGGCAGCACACCCCAGUCCAAUGGCAGGGCCCCAGAAAUGAAGCCUGGAGUGGAAGCAAUGGGAAAAGCCUCCCGGGACUCACUCGGCUCUGCCUGACCCCAAGAGCAGGCUGCAGGCAGAGCAUCUGGGAUCCGGUUGGAUUCAGUUCUUUAUUGCCAGCAUUCCUCGAGCACAUUAAACUCUGGUUUGAAGA